AUGAAAACUAAUAUUGUGCUCUUCCUUUCCCAGAUUCAACAGUUGGAGACGCAGGUGAUCGAUGCGGAAAAACGGGCACUCACCGCUCACCAGCAGGUACAGUGGAUGGAGGAGAAGCUGAAGGCUCCAGACAGUCAGUCCGGAGAUGCGGAGGUGCGUUUGUUCCAGCGGUGCCAGGAGCUGCAGGCCGUGGUGCAGGAGAAGGAGGACGUCAUCGCACAGAUGGAACAGCAGCUGGAGGAGCAGAAACAGAUCCGACUUCAGGACUCCAAAACAGUGGAGGAGAAAGCAGCCAAAAUCAAGGAAUGGGUGAUGCUGAAGUUAUCAGAGUUUGAGGUUGAGAACGCUGCGCUAAGAGAAACCAACAAGCAACAGGAGGCUCAGAUUCUGGAGUUACAGAAACAAGUGCAGGCCUUUGAGCAGAAGUGUGGUGCGGGAAGAGGAGUCCUGUGCAGACAAGGGGAGGCCCAGCGGCUCAGCAGCCUGACGUUCGGCUGUUUCCAGGUGAGGGGGAAGAGCCCCCAGGUCCUUACAGGACCAGCACCCUGCCAGAGGACCCUCAGCACCCAGGGAGAGGCUGAGGACAUAGAAGAAAACGAGAUUAGCGGUGAGCAGGCAGCCUCCUCAGGGACAAACGGUGACAUCCAGACCCCUGACCCCACCGGACAUCUGGGAGACGACAGUGUGUCUGAGAGCCAGGGAGAUCCUGCUCGUGGCCCCGAGUCCCGCGGCGUUUCCUCCGUGCUCUCCAGCGCCGCCUCAGAGGGGGAGGGGGUCGGGGGGGGGUCGGGCGGUGUGGAGUUCAGCCGCCCCGGCAGUGAGACCUACCUGACUGCCUCGGACGACAGCAGUUCUCUGUUCGACGAUGACAUGCAGCGCGCCGAGCGGCCCCGCUUCAGCCUGCUGGGGUCCUCGGAUGGGCCCCUGGGAGGGUGUAAGGAAGAGGAGGAGGAGGGGGGCAAACUGGAGGACUACACCUCUGAGGAGCUAAACAAACGCUUUCAAUCACAGAGACUCGACUCCUCGUCGUCUUCCAGCGAGCCCAACACCCCCAGCCCCAUCCUCACGCCCGCCCUUACCCCCAAACGUCCAAACCCGCCCCAGGACCCGAGGGACAACCCCGCCUCCCCCAAACAGCCCCGUCUGCGGACCCCGGCAGGAUUCGGGCUGAUGAACGUAGCUCUGGCUAAGAAACACCUGAGCCAGCCCCCCAUCAGCAGUGAGGUCGCACACGGCCACACGCGUAACGCUCUCAGCAUGCUGCGCCCCCUCCGCCCGCAGGAAACAGACCUCGACCAGGAGCAGGAGGUCGGCAUGGAGACCGGAAAGGACAUGCCUGGGCCUCCUGAAUCAGAGGUCAUCCCAGGGCAGGACAGUGACAGCUCCGUGCCCCCCACACCCCCGCUACACAGGCUGCCCUCCUGGGAGAGUCGUAUAUAUGCUGUGGCCAAGUCAGGGAUCCGACUGUCUGAGACUUCCUGCACAGACCCUGCUAGCAAAGACCACUCACUCAAAUCCUCCUACCCUGCCUUUGUAAUGUACACCUCCCUCAUCUACAGAAACAUGACUACUCCAGUGUAUACGACUCUGAAGGGGAAAGCCACCCUGCUGAGCAGCAGUCCAUUCUCAGACGAGACGUCCAGCUCCGAGGAGUCUUCCAGCUCCGGAGAGGAGGACGCCUCCAUCUGCAGCUCUCACACCUCCUCCAGCUCCCGCAAGGACAGCAGCCCCGGCAGCCCGCGAUCGCUCAAGAGAGCUGUGUCCAUGUCUUCCAUGACAUCAGAGAGCGACUACGCCAUCCCCCCUGACGCCUACUCCACCGACACAGAGUGCUCUGAACCGGAGCAGAAACUCCCCAAGACCUGCUCCACAGUCAGUGACAACGGCAAGAGUGAACCAAUGGAGAAGUCCGGCUACCUGUUAAAAAUGGUGAAGACGUGGAAGAAGACUUGGAAGAGACGCUGGUUUGUCCUCAAAGACGGAGAGCUGCUCUACUACAACUCACCUAGUGAUGUGAUCAGGAAACCUCAGGGUCAGAUCGAGGUCAACGCCACCAGCAGCAUCACCCGUGGCGACGGUAAACAAGUCCUCCAGGUGGUGACAGGAAAGCGUGUGUACUACCUGAAGGCGGACUCCCCCAACCUGCUGGAGGAGUGGCUGCGGGUGCUGCAGAGUGUGCUCCGGCUGAAGGCUGCCAGUCCUCUCUUCACUCAGCCCGACAUCCGGCCCGGCAUGAAGGGACUGCUCAUCAAGGUUAAGCACGGCUACUCCAAGCGGGUUUGGUGUGCUCUGAUUGGAAAAACCUUGUACUACUUCCGCAGCCAAGAGGACAAGUUCCCCCUGGGUCAGAUCAAGCUGUGGGAGGCCAAGGUGGAGGAGGUGGACAGGUCAAGAGAUUCUGAUGACGAACUGAAGGCAUGUGGGCAGGGCUUACAGGCGGCACCUUUUACCAUCACCAUCCACCCUCAGGAGCAGGGGCCCACCUACCUGCUCAUCGAGUCCCGCCACCAGAAGGAUGCGUGGCUGUACCAUCUCUCCAUGGCAGCGGGCACCACCGUGGGGAAAGUCGGCACGGAGUUCGAACAACUGGUGGGAAAACUCUUCCAGCUGGAUGGAGAUUCAAACUCUCAGCUCUGGAGACACCCCAUGUUGUGUUUCAGUAAGGAAGCUCUGUUAUCUCCUCUGACCACGCUGCCUUCACAAGCUCUGCAGACAGAGGCCGUUAAACUCUUCAAGACGUGUCAGCUCUUCAUCAACGUGGCCAUCGAUGCUCCGGCCAUCGACUACCAUGUCUCCCUGGCCCAGAGUGCACUGCAGGUUUGUCUGGCCCACCCCGAGCUGCAGAACGAGUUCUUCUGCCAGCUCAUAAAGCAGACCUGCAGGAGGCAGCCACACGGCCACCCAGCACCCCUGCAGGGAUGGCAGUUUCUGGCUCUGUGUGUGGGACUGUUUCUGCCUCAGCAUCCGUUCCUCUGGCUGCUGCAGGUUCACCUGAAGAGACACGGAGACUCCAGGACGGAGGCGGGGAAGUAUGCUGUGUACUGCCAGCGCUCCAUGGAGAGGACGCAGCAGAAGGGAGAGAGGCAGGCCAGGCCGUCCCGAAUGGAGAUCCUGUCCAUCCUCCUGAGGAACCCCUACCAUCACUCCUUACCCUUCAGCGUGCCUGUUCACUUCCUCAAUAACACCUACCAGGUAGGAGCAGAUCACACAGGAAGACACCAUAACAACCACAGGGAAGCCAACAGGUGGAAUCAUGCUGCCAGAUACUCAUAUCUCAUCCCUAACAUACCAUCGUGA